CUCACAUAUCAGUCAUAAUGACUGAGGCGGAGAAUCAAGUACGCGGACCAGAGCGAUGGUGACGGAGUACGAGCAAACACUAACACGACGGGAGCUCGGACAGUCUCAGAGGGAAAGAAAGAUGUUUGGGGUAAAACCCAGAGACGUUUUAUUCUCCGUUUUCGCGAUAGAGUGCACAGGAGGAGAAUUUAGUUCGGCUUCAUUCAUCGGCGGAGUUUCAAUGAAAAGUGUACAACCUGUCACGCGGCACAGAGUCUGACUGUAAACAACAGUCAGUGCUACAGAUAAAUAAAGACACGCUUUAGCGUUUACUCUCCGUUUACAAUAGUUUCUCGCUGCGUUUCGGGGCUGUUGGAUUGCUCAGGAUGCAGGUGAAAAAGCAGAGGAGCUCCGAGGACUCUCAGAGGGAUGAAAUGAAGAAAAAGCCCUCAUGUUUCUCAAAUAUUAAGAUAUUUUUAGUUGCGGAAUGUGCGUUGAUGUUGGCACAGGGCACAGUGGGCGCAUACUUGGUGAGUGUGCUGACCACACUGGAGCGGCGCUUCAAUCUUCAGAGCGCUGAUGUGGGCGUCAUCGCCAGCAGCUUUGAGGUUGGCAACCUGGCCCUCAUUCUCUUCGUUAGUUAUUUUGGUGCUAAAGCCCACCGCCCUAGGUUAAUUGGCUGCGGUGGCAUUGUCAUGGCUUUGGGAGCGCUGCUCUCUGCAUUACCAGAAUUCCUCGCCAGUCAAUACAAGAUCACAGACACAUGGAGCAAGGAUCUGGGGCGAGACGUGUGCUCCAACACCUCUAAAGCUGAUGAAACGUGUGGGAAUAGAGCCAACACCAACAUGAUGUACCUGCUUCUGAUUGGAGCCCAGGUGCUGCUGGGUAUUGGUGCCACACCUGUUCAGCCCCUGGGUGUAUCCUACAUAGACGAUCAUGUGCGGAAGAAAGACUCCUCUCUCUAUAUAGGUAUCCUCUUUUCCACACUGGUGUUUGGACCUGCCUGCGGUUUCAUCCUGGGAUCGGUCUGUACCAACUUUUACGUGGAUGCUUUGUUCAUCGACACAACUAAGCUGAACAUCACUCCUGAUGACCCCCGCUGGAUCGGUGCAUGGUGGGGCGGCUUUCUCCUCUGCGGUGUCUUACUCUUCUUCUCAGCCCUCUUCAUGUUUGGUUUCCCUCAGUCUCUGCCUGGCAAGGAGGUGGAGGGAGGUCAUGAGAGCGAGCAGACUAUGCUGCCCUCAUCUUUACCCCAGGAUUAUGAGAAAUCCAAGCCCAGCAAUGGAGUCUACCAGAACUACCAGCCCAACAACAACAGUCUGUCCUGCUGCCAGCAUCUCCGAGUUAUUCCCAAGGUGACCAAGCACCUGCUGUCAAACCCGGUGUUCACGUGUAUUGUGCUAGCUGCCUGUAUGGAGAUUGCUGUUGUUGCUGGCUUUGCUGCCUUCCUGGGCAAAUAUCUGGAGCAGCAGUUCAACCUCACCACCACCUCUGCUAACCAGCUGCUGGGGAUGACGGCCAUCCCCUGCGCCUGUCUGGGCAUAUUCCUGGGAGGUCUGCUGGUGAAGAAGCUGAACCUGUCUGCUCUGGGAGCCAUUCGGAUGGCCAUGCUGGUCAAUCUGAUCUCCACGGCCUGUUACGUGUCCUUCCUGUUCCUGGGCUGUGACACAGGACCUGUCGCUGGGGUGACCGUCCCCUAUGGCAACGAGACACUGCAAGUGGGCCAGAGGCCGGAAGUCCCCUGCAUGAGUCAUUGUAACUGCUACACUUCAUCCGUCAGCCCCGUUUGUGGCUCCAACGGUGUGACCUACUUGUCCUCCUGUUUGGCUGGCUGCACCAGAGUCAUCAGAACCGGACUUCCACCUCCUCUCUCUCAGAAUAUGACAGGGUGCGCGUGUAUCUCUGCAUACGACUCAGCUGCAUAUGCCACAGCUGUGCCAGGGAAAUGCCCACGUCCCGGCUGCAAGGAGGCCUUCCUCACCUUCCUGUGUGUGAUCUGUGCCUGCAGUAUGAUCGGAGCCAUGGCCCAGACGCCCUCCGUCAUCAUCCUCAUCAGAACUGUGAGCCCAGAGCUGAAGUCAUACGCUCUUGGAGUCCUUUUUCUGCUUCUGCGACUGUUAGGGUUCAUUCCUCCUCCUCUGAUAUUUGGCAUGGGGAUCGAUUCCACAUGCCUUUUCUGGAGCACCGAGUGCGGGGACAAAGGCGCCUGUCUGCUGUACAACAACGUGAGCUACCGGCACCUGUACGUCAGCAUGGCCAUCGUCCUCAAGGUCGUGGCGUUCCUCCUCUACACGACCACCUGGCAAUGCCUGCGCAGAAACUACAAGAAAUACAUUAAAAACAAUGAGGGUUACGUGACACCCACCGAAAUGUUCUCGUCCAGCGUGAAUCUGGACAGCAUCGGGAAGGACAGCAGUCAGAGCCAAGUCAACAGGACUAAAUUUAUAUAUAGCCUGGAGGAUCACGAGUGGUGUGAAAACAUGGAGUCCGUUUUAUAGUGGUUUCAUGCUAAUUGAAGAAGGAUUGUCUCUUAUUCCAGGAUGUGUACGACUUUCUUGUAAACUCCUUCAAACUCUUCUACUGGGUCCAUCUUGUUUUUACAAGUUCUCUCACAGGUGUUUCUCCAGUGCCAGUAAAAUGUUGUGGUAGUUAGCUGAAGGCGUCUACUUCAAUGCCUGAUUGUGUAGCUGGUUUGUUCACUUCACACAGCUGUGCAUUAGCUGAAGUCAUGCACAAAAUGACUUUUUUAAUAAAUAUAAAAAAAUAUAUACACACACAACUAAAAUCAACAAGUUUAAGUUGUCAUCAGUCAUCCGGCUGGUUGAUGCUGGUUAUGUUCUCGACCCCCGCCCCAGUCCGUUAUUAUUAUGGGGAUCAUUUAGUACAUUACAACCAGUUUAUUAAUACUAAUAUCAUUAUAUUGGAUACUACAUACUGCAAUUUUAUACAGUGUAUAUAUAUAUAUAUAUAUAUAUAUAUAUAUAUAUAUAUAUAUAUAUAUAUAUAUAUAUAUAUAUAUAUAUAUAUAUAUAUAUAUAUAUAUGAAAACAAUAUCAAUUAUUUCUCAAAACAUUAUUAGGGGUGUUUGAGACAUUUUUUUUCUUCUAAGUGCUUUUUGCAGCAUUUGCUUCUGGCUGUUGUUAAUUUAUAUUGUUUAUUGAGGCCUAUAAUGUCUUAAUUUGUAAAGGUUAUUGAUACUGUACAUUGUAAGCUUCUUUAUAUAUUUGUGCAAUAGUGGGAGAGUGUAUUUGAUUUUGUUUCGGAUGGUGAAGACAUAGCGAAUGAGAUUUGUAGUUUUAUUAAUGCAUUUAGGAAUGCCACUUUAUUCAGAUGAGAAUAAUGGCAUGUUUGGGACUAGACUUUGAGAAAAUAUUGUGAUCUACAGCGUGACUGACAUCAGAGGAGAGGUAUUGGGAAAAGGUGUUUUUAUUAAAUGGCAGAAGACUAUUGUCAUUUGUGAGUGGUGCUCUCGUCUUGCUGUAGAGCAAAUACCGUUCUGAUGGUCAGGCUGGGCCUUGGUAUUUAUGAGUUGGAUGAAGAAUUAAAUUUUAUACAAUUAUAAUGUAACAUGUAAAAGUGUGUUUCAGGUUUUGAUUGAGAUUAAACUGUUUUAUUUCACUUCACUGCAAUAAUAAAUGCCACUGUGGGUAGAAAUAGAGCUGUAUACAAAAGACACUUGGAUAAAAACUGUUCAUGAUGAAUUUCUGGUUUUACAUUAUUUGAAUUUCCUCUAAAGCUUCUUCAUAGCACAUCAUUCUUGUUUUACAAGCGUCACUGCAGGUAAAAAUGUAAGCAGUGUACUUUUCAUAUCAUUUUUUUUUUUAAUGGCAAAAUAACUUUUAUUUUAUUCUGCAAAUAAAUUAUUUUUCAUAAAAUCUCA